AUGAACUGGGGUGAAGUGGGGAGACAAACGUUACAGGUAGCAUGUCAGGAAUCAGCCCUGAUCCUGGGAGCCGAUUCUUCAACAAACUUGCCCAUGAGAAGCCUGACCAUCAAGGUGUUCUCUUUUAGUGACAAGACCCACCCAAAUCCCAUCUUAGUGUCCAUGGAGAUGCUCCGUCAUCCAGAUGAGGAAAGCUUUUUUUCUGACUUAGAAGAUUAUGAGAGUGACUGGGAUUCAGAUGGGUCUUCGGACAUGGGGGAUUCUGAACAUACUUUGAGCACAACGAUCAAGACAAACAUUCAGAUGGACCAGGAAGGUCUUGGUAUCAUUCUUAUUCAGAAUGGGCCUUAUCUCCAGAUUUCUGGCCUGGUAGAGAAAGGCGCCUCUGCCAGAGAUGGCAAACUCCAAGCAGGCGACAUCAUCCUCAAAAUCGGACACGCCAACGUCUUAGGCUGGACCUUGCGAGAACUAAGGCAGCUCCUGCACACCGUUCCCAUAGGGACCGUCCUGCAAAUCCAGGUUUACAGGGAUUUUAUUAAAAUCCCAAGCCGGUGGCAGGCUGCCCUCAUGAGCAUUCCUGAAUUAAAAGGGCCUGCAAUCGACAGAGAGAGUGAUGCCAGCGAAGAAAAUUGGACGAGCAGCGAAGACUUGGAGAAUGAGAGCGAAGAGAUGUUUGAAGAGAGCGAGAGCGAUAGUGAGGAAAGCUACCAGGAACCAGAGCGCGUGAGAGCUUUGUCGGUGGGCAGUGCUCGUAGUGCCCGUAGCGGCCAUAGCAUCCAUAGUAUCCGUAGUAUCCAUAGCGGCCAUAGCAUCCGUAGUAUCCAUAGCGGCCAUAGCAUCCGUAGUAUCCAUAGCGCCAAUAGCAUCCGUAGUAUCCAUAGCGCCCGUAGUAUCCAUAGCGCCCAUAGUAUCCGUAGUAUCCAUAGCGUCCACAGUGUCCGUAGUAUCCGUAGCAACCAAAACGUCAAAACUCUGCACUCGCUUUCCAUCAAGCCUCGAAUGAAGCAUCAACCCAAGUGGAUCUCCAAAGACUGGCACAUUUUCGAGAAGAAAACCUAUACCUUUACGGUGGGCUCCGACAUCGGUUGCGACAUUAUGAUCCACAAGGACUUUGAAACGGAAAGCGAGGCGGAUAUGUCAACCUUAUACUUAUCUUCAUCCUCGCCGUACUGGACUAUGCCCAAACACAAAGCCCCGCCCUCGUCCUCGUCCUCUUCCUCCGUGUCGGAUGCGUUUUGGCUCGAAAACGUUUCUUACGAACUUGAGUAG